CAAGACUGCGCGUUUCCCCCGACAACACGCUUUCCAAGGAACUUCGCUUCCUCCUUCUCAGCAAUCAUCGCCAUCCCCUCCCUCGACCUUUAAUUCUACCCGCCUUCGCAUCCAGGAUCCCCCCUGAGGGCCUUAUCAAUCACCCAGUGACGUUCUCUGCACCGUUGCCGAGCGACCGUGACCUCAGUCACCUAAUCAUUUGAGGAGGUCAUUCCAUCUUGCCCCUCGUGUCGACAUCUCGACUUUUUCCAACCUUUUACUUUUUACAUCUUCUUUAAUCAAUAGCCAAAAUGGCCAACAAGUUCACAAGAGAAUACAAGCUGGUGGUUGUCGGCGGCGGUGGUGUCGGUAAAUCGUGCCUUACCAUCCAGCUAAUUCAAGGUCACUUCCUUGACGAAUAUGAUCCUACAAUUGAGGAUUCGUACCGCAAGCAAUGCACCAUCGACAAUGAGGUCGCCCUUCUCGACAUUCUAGAUACCGCCGGCCAAGAAGAGUACUCUGCCAUGCGCGAGCAAUACAUGCGCACCGGUGAAGGCUUCCUGCUCGUUUUCGCCAUCAACUCGAGGGAAAGUUUUGAGGAAAUCAGGAUCUACCAGCAACAGAUUCUUAGGGUCAAAGACAGGGACUCGUUCCCCAUGAUCAUUGUCGGAAACAAGUACGAUUUGAGGGGAGAGCGCGUUGUUUCGGAGCAGGAGGGACAAGCUCUCGCCGCCGAGUUCGGUACCAAGUACAUCGAGACUUCCGCCAAGACACAACACAACGUCGAGAACGCUUUCUACGAUCUCGUCCGCGAAAUCAGGAAGGAGGACAAGAAGCUCGGCGAGAAGGUCGGCGGUACCUCGUUCGCCAACAACAACGGGGCGGUUAAGCAGAUGGACGUCGGCGACGAGGACGUCCAAGCAGGUUGCUGCGCUAAGUGCAUAAUGAUGUGAAUGCUCGAAACCAACAGGGGAAGAGCAAGCGGGGAGUUAAAAGAAUUGGGUCACGUUUGCAAUGAAGAGAUGGACGAUCAUACACACACGCACACAAAAUCCGGACUUUAUAGACGACAUGGAUGUGCAAACAACCAAAACACAGAAGCCAUAUCGGACGGCCACGCCCAUGCCUUAGCUCACGUACAGGGACCAGUCGGGCUCAGGACAACGGGACCAGCGGAAGGAAUAUCAGCGUUUGGAGGCAUUUCAGGCGAGAAGGGGGUUAGGAACCGGGACCGGGCACACACAUUCUUUGCCUUUUGUGGGCAUUUGUUGCAGUGGCACUUGCUCGGAUGAGCUGAACGACUUGAA